UAUUACAUUUUCAGUUUAUACUCAUCGGAACUGAGUCUGUUCAAUUCUCACUGAUAAAAACAUAAAUUAUUGAAAUACCUAUUUUCCAAGUAUUCCCUGACGGAGCGAAAUAACAACCGAGAAUGGAAAAAGUGCCGGAAAGAUUAUCAAUCCAUUAGGAUUAUCCACCACGUGUCAAUGCAAACAUUGAAUUUUCUCGAUUUGCCACGUAUUAAUGUAAAUUCUCAAAGCACAAGAUACUGACGAGACAAAAAAAAGAAGGAGCAACCGGUGGAGUACAUAGUAUUGUCUUGAUUCUGCCGUGACUCCGUGCCAUUUAUCCAUCGAAAUUAUAGCCAUGACGGAGAGCAAGAAACCCGUGGACGACCUAGUGCAAUCUGUUUCCCUUCAUAACCCCAGAGGAUUGAUAUUCCGCGGUUAUGUUUUACCUUUCCUAACACUCGAAACCAUAUGGAUUUACUCGUGGCUAUUUGUUUAUGGGGUGGAGGAUUACUUCCACGAGGGUCUCGUUGGCAUUGCUGCAAUCGGAGUUCUACAGAUAUUUUUGUGCUUGUGCUGUCAGUGGUCCGUUCACAUCUACUGUUUUCUCAAUUGCAGUUCGACGAAGGACCCCUACAAAGCGACAGUAGUAAAAGUGAUCCCCACCUCGAACAAUGGCAGUUCAGAGAUUGUUCGUCUCCACCAGAAGCCGAAUAAAGAGCCCUGGUUCAUCUUCCAGAAAACAAAAUUCUGCUGGUCGAAAAGUAAAAAGCGUUUCGAGGGACUUCAGUAUCCAGUGACUGAAUAUUUAAAAACUUACAUAGACAGUAAAGGGUAUGCCAGCGAGGAAGAGGUCACAGAAGCUGAAGAGACGUAUGGAAAAAAUCACUUGGACAUGGUUAUCCCGGAGGCAUGGGAGCUCUUCAAAGAGCGAGCAACUGCCCCAUUCUUCGUAUUCCAAGUAUUUAGCGUAUCCUUGUGGUGCUUCGAUGCGUACUGGUACUACAGCAUCUUCACUCUGUUCAUGUUAAUAAUGUUCGAGUACAUGUUGGUUCGCCAGCAGAUGCGAAACAUGGCAGAAAUUCGUAAAAUGGGUACAAAACCGUACAUGAUGAACGUCUACAGGAACAGAAGAUGGAGAAUGAUGUUUAUAGAUCAAUUGGUGCCUGGAGACAUUGUCUCACUGGUGAGGGCUCAGAGCGAUCAACUGGUGCCUUGUGAUAUUUUAUUGCUCCGAGGUCAAUGCGUCGUAGACGAGAGUAUGCUGACAGGUGAAUCAGUCCCCCAGAUGAAGGAGCCUUUGGAGGAGAUAGAUCUCAAUCAGAAUCUCAACAUCGACAGGGAGCACAAGGUUCACGUUCUCUUUGGUGGAACAAAAAUCGUCCAGCACACACCCCUCAGUAAAACCACGUCAGGCCUCAAUCCCACUGACAAGGGCUGUGUUGGCUACGUCCUCAGAACAGGAUUCUCCACCUCCCAGGGAAAACUCCUCAGGACAAUACUCUUCGGUGUGAAUAGAGUCACAGCUAAUAAUCUUGAGACCUUUGGUUUCAUUCUCUUUCUUCUGAUUUUUGCGAUAGCAGCUGCUGCCUACGUCUGGAUAAAUGGCACUGCAGAUCCAGAACGAAGUCGAUACAAAUUGUUCCUGGAGUGCUGUCUCAUUCUGACGUCUGUGGUACCCCCUGAACUGCCUAUUGAGCUGUCUCUCGCUGUCAAUACGUCCUUAAUGGCACUGUCAAAGCUCGGUGUGUACUGCACAGAGCCUUUUAGAAUACCCUUUGCUGGGAAAGUUGACUUCUGUUGUUUCGACAAGACUGGAACACUCACUAGUGAUAAUCUCGUCGUCGAGGGGAUUACUGGAAUCGACGGGGAUACUCGAAUGAUUCAAGCAGAGGAGGCUCCCAUCGAGAGUAUCCAAGUGCUCGCCACAUGUCACUCGUUGGUGCAGCUGGAUGGGGGAAUUGUGGGGGAUCCUCUUGAAAAAGCCACUCUCAAAGCUGUCAAGUGGAGUCUAACCAAAAACGAGGCUGUGGUACCUAACAAGGGGAAGGCCAGGGCCCUGAAAAUCUUUCACAGAUUUCACUUCUCCUCAAGCCUCAAGAGAAUGUCUGUUAUCGUUGGAAAUACUCUACCAAAUUCAACUGAAGUCCAGUACAUGGUAACUGUCAAGGGGGCACCAGAGACUCUAAAAAACAUGUUCUCAUCUAUUCCUGAUAACUAUGAGGCCAAUUACUUGCGCCUGUCGAGAAGGGGAGCCAGGGUUUUGGCUUUGGGAUACAAGAGGCUUCCCUCUUCUUUGAGCUCACAAGAUCUCAGGGCUUUAUCCAGAGAGGAACUUGAAAGAGAUCUGCUGUUCGUUGGAUUUGUAAUUAUCAGUUGUCCACUGAAACUAGACUCUUCAGCUGUCAUCAAGGAGAUCAUUAAUGCUUCACAUGUGGUUGUAAUGAUCAGUGGGGAUAAUCCUCUCACUGCUUGUCAUGUCAGCAGAGAACUCCAUUUCACUAAGAAACCGACAACGUUGAUACUGACACAGGAGGGAGAGAAAUGGCACUGGGCGAGUGUUGAUGGCAAGACAACUCUUGCCCUUGAGAUCGGCAACAUCGAGCCCAAGGGAAAAGAGAUCUGGAAGAAUUACGCACUCUGUGUCACCGGAGAUGGGCUCGAGUACUUGAGAGAGAAUAAUCCACUUCUCCUCAGGAAACUUUUACCCCAUAUCGUUAUCUACGCCAGGUGUGAACCCAAGCAGAAGGAAUUUAUUGUUAUUUCUUUGCAAGAGCUGGGAUUCACUACUCUCAUGUGUGGAGAUGGAACCAAUGAUGUUGGAGCGUUGAAACAUGCACAGGUUGGGGUAGCUAUUCUCUCAAGUCCUCCGGAGAGGAUUAAGGAGGAAAAACUCAAUCCUGUAUCAGUUAAUGCAUCCCCCAAUAAUGGACCUAGACAGCCGAUGAAUAGACAGCAAGCGACUAAUAUGAAAAUUCGGAAACUCCUGCAGGAGAUUGAGGAGCAGGAGCAGGCUACUAUUGUGAAACUCGGUGAUGCCUCUAUUGCUGCACCGUUUACUAGCAAAAUGUCGUCCAUUAUGUGCAUCUGUCAUAUAAUUAAACAAGGGAGGUGCACUUUGGUGACAACCCUCCAAAUGUUUAAGAUCUUGGCGUUGAAUGCCCUGGUACUGGCCUACAGUCAAUCAGUUUUGUAUUUAUCAGGAAUUAAAUUCAGUGAUUAUCAGGCAACUAUGCAGAGUAUGUUACUGGCAUUCUGCUUUUUAUUUAUCUCACGUUCUAAACCUUUGAAGACGUUGUCUAAACAGAGACCACUGCCAAAUAUAUUUAAUUUGUACACGAUCCUCACGGUGUUACUACAAUUCGCGGUACACUUCUUCUGUUUGAUUUAUUUGGUCAGGGAGGCAACUAUUUAUUCGCCACCGGAGGAAAAGCUGAGGAGUAUUCUCUCAACUGAAAAUAUAACAGAUACCAAAUCUAGUGAUUUGGAUGAUGAUGAGAAUUUUGAAGCCAAUGUCGUCAAUAGUGUUGUUUAUGUUAUUUCACUGGCACUUCAAACUUGCAAUUUCGCUGUAAACUAUAGGGGCGUCCCAUUCAUGGAAAGUCUCACGGAGAACAAGGCUCUGUUCUAUUCACUUCUAGUUAGUUUUGGUCUCGUUAUAGGAUUGGCCUGUGGCCUCAUCGAACCUAUAGCAGCUCAACUUAAAAUUGUCGAUUUCCCUCCCGAGUUUCGUAGUACACUAAUUAUGGUACUAGUCGGAAACUUUGUGGCAGCCUUUGCCGUUGACAGAGCGUGUCGAUGGUUGUUUGGUGAGGGUAAAUUGCAGAAACUGUGAUGAAAUGUAAACCCCUGACGUCUAUUGAAGACGUUUUGAGAUCCAAGUGCAUACGUACACAGAUCCAUGGGUAGAUAUUUUUGAAUGGAAGGUGCCAUUCUAUACUCUGAUAAAUACAGUGGACAUCUCAACACCGAAGGGGUAAAGUGAGAUAUUCGAUGAAAAAAAAUAUCGAUUGUUUUUAAAAUAAACUGAUGAUUACGAAAAUUUAAUAAAGAAUAAUUACGACAAAUAGUAAAUGAAUUCGUCUCACUUUACCACUUCACUGAAUUACAAGUGGUUGUAAGAUUUGUUUAUGAGAAUUUUGCCUGGGAAUCAGUGAAGGCAGUGGCAUUGAGAAUAAUCAUUCUAAUUCUUCAGAAUAAUUGAUGAAUAUGAUCUUCAUGAAGGUGAACAAUUUACAAACAACUCCAGAACUUCAGUUCUAAGAAAAUUAAUACAUUUGUCAACUCACUUGUGGGACGAACUUAAGUUUUAAUUAUGUGUAAAUUAAUUCGUAUCAACAUCAGGAAAUUCCCCGAGUGAGAAUAAUUGAUAUCAAAAUGAAUGAAAAGUGGAUUAAAUCCGUGAGGGAUUAAACUGCCACUGUUGAAGGCUGGUAAAAACCCCAGGCAAAACAACUACACAACUAUAUUAGGAAAUAGGAGUGUUACUGUGUAACACGUUAUUUACCCUCACCCGAAGCUACUCGAGAACCAAAACAAACAAUUGUAUUUAUUUCCUGUGAAAUUCGAGGUGACAGAGUCGUUUCUCACCGUAAAUUCUAAACAUUCCAAUUAAUUAUACGAGUAAUCGAUGGAUUUGAAUUCAAUAACGAAGAGGUAAAGGGUAAACAGUCGCCAGAUUUUCUAAAAAAAAAUCGCAUGUCUCUUAAAUUUAGAGAUAAUUGUUGGAAACUCCUUUUACAAAAUCGUAUUUAUUACCUUUUAGCUCUUCGCCAUUGAAUUGAUUAACGGAGACAAUCCCUACUUUUUUAUUCAUAAUUGCAAUAACAAAAUCGUGUAAGUCAUAAUUCUCAUGCCGCCACGAUUUUCAAUCAUCACCACACGUAUGCAUCUCUCAAUGGCUUUAAGUUUUAUGUGUUUAACCGGUAAAUCUAUUCCUCUCUGGGUCGUAAAAAAUAGUAAUUACCCCAAGAACAUAAGGCUGAUGAAGAUUAUGAAGAUAUUUUGUGUGGAAUUAUUCGUGUGAAGUCAAGGUGUUAAACAUUGUACAAUACAUUUGUAACUCAUGAGAAAAUGUUGAAUAAAUAUCAUUCCAACUUUGA